UUUACUUUAUCCUUAUAUCAAAAUGUCACCUAUCAUUAAUUCUGAAGCCACAUCCAAUAUUCAAUGGAUUGCGAAUAUGAAUGUUGAUGUCGAACCCACAGCUGGACGUAAGACUAGUAUCAUUGGCACUAUUGGUCCUAAGACAAACAGUGUUGAAAUGAUCACUCGACUUAGAAAUGCAGGAUUGAAUGUUGUUCGUAUGAAUUUUUCUCAUGGCACACAUGAAUACCAUAAAUCUGUUAUUGAUAAUACGCGUAAAAGUGCUGAACUUUAUCCUGGCCGCCCUGUGGCUAUUGCUCUUGAUAAUAAAGGACCUGAAAUCCGUACGGGUAACAUGAAGGAUAAUGCUGAAGUAUCCAUCCAUACUGGUCACAAAAUGACGUUUUCUGUGGAUGAACAAUAUGCAGAAUGCUCGGAUGAAAAGAUCCUCUAUAUUGACUACAAGAACCUGCCUAAAGUGAUUAAAGUAGGCAAGACCAUCUAUAUUGAUGACGGUGUUCUCUCUUUUGAAGUACUCGAGGUCAAUGAAGACUCACUUGAAGUUGUUGCCAAAAAUAACGGCAAACUGUCUUCUCAUAAAGGUGUCAACUUACCUAAUACCGAUGUUGAUUUACCUGCUUUGUCUGACAAAGAUAAAGCUGAUUUAAGAUUCGGCGUUGAGCAAAAAGUAGAUGUUAUCUUUGCCUCCUUUGUGCGUCGCGGUCAAGACGUAAAGGAUAUCCGCCGAGUUUUGGGGAAGAUGAUAGAAAACCAUCAAGGUGUAGAGAACUUUGAUGAUAUUCUUAAAGAGACAGAUGGUGUGAUGGUUGCUCGUGGCGAUAUGGGUAUUGAAAUCCCUCUUGAACGCGUGUUUAUUGCUCAAAAGAUGAUGAUAACUAAGUGCAACUUGGCUGGUAAGCCUGUAAUUUGUGCAACACAAAUGCUCGAGUCUAUGACAUACCACCCCAGACCCACUCGUGCCGAAGUAUCCGAUGUGGCCAAUGCUGUACUGGAUGGUGCCGACUGUGUUAUGCUUUCUGGUGAAACAGCUAAAGGAAACUACCCUGUUGACGCUGUCAAAACCAUGCAUGAAAUCUGUAGACUUGCUGAGGCAUCCAUGUGUUACCCUGCCAUCUUUAACGAGCUUCGUUCAUUGACUACUUUGCCUACAGAAACAACAGAAACAGUCGCAUGUGCUGCUGUUGCUGCUGCUCAUGAGCAAGAUGCAGGUUGCAUUAUUGUCUUGACUACCUCUGGUAGCUCUGCCCAAUUGAUUUCGAAAUAUAGACCUCAAGCACCCAUUGUUGUUGUCACACGUAAUCCACAAACUGCUCGACAAGUUCAUUUUUACAGAGGUUGUUUCCCCUUCCAUUACCCUAAGGCUUCUUCUGCUGCUGCUACUCGUUUAUCUGCAUCGGCUCAUGCUUCUCACUUGAGUCCUGCUGAAAAUGCACCUUGGCAAGAAGAUGUUGAUACUAGAAUCAGAUGGGGAUUGGAACAAGCAAUGAAAUAUGGUUUGCUUAAAAGUGGUCAACCUGUUGUUGCUGUUCAAGGUUGGAAAGGAGGAUUGGGUAAUACCAACACACUUCGUGUUAUUUAUUCUCCUGCUCAAUAAACGACUAUGACAUUGUUUUUAAGAAAA